GACUUCUCGAUCAGAUUCAAGCUCUUAAAUGGGUCAAUGAAAAUAUAGCAUCUUUUGGUGGAGACCCAAAAGAGGUUACAAUAUUUGGAGAGAGUGCAGGAGGCAUGUCAGUUAUGGCACUAUCCAUUUCCCCACUAGCUGAAGGACUGUUCUCUCGUGCAAUUCCCCAAAGUGGAUCAGUAUUAUAUAUGGAGUACCUGCAACCAGCUGGUAGUGGCCAGUAUUUAAAUAGUGAACUUGCAAAAGCUGUUGGUUGCGAUAGUACUGCAGGGAACAAAGAACUCGUAGCCUGUCUUAGAACUACAUCUACAGAUGAUAUCAUUAAUGCUAAACCACCACAGGGAAUGUGGUACUGGCCAUUUCAGCCCACAUAUGGUGACGCAUUUAUGCCAAAGACACCAAAUGAUAUGGUGAAAGAUGCUGCUACUAAACGUCGUAUCAGAGACAUCAACUUUAUGAUUGGUAUUAUGGAAAAUGAAGGCUACCUGUUGACUGGGAAGAAUUCCUUUCCUCACUUUACCGAGAAUAAGACGAAGGAAACACUCUUCCAAGAUUAUAAGCCAAUGCUACAAAUGUUUACUCUCCCAGACCCAAGUGAUGAGGAAGCCUAUGAACGAUUGGAAAAAGCACUGAUUGAGAGAUUUCUUCCUCAGAAGAAACCAACUGAAGAUGAACUGACAUUAGCUAUAGCAAGAAUGUUUGGAGAUUCUGUACUGUCUAUACCAGUGCUCAGGACUGCAAAUGCAUUGAAAGAAAUUGGAGCAGAUGUUUUUGUAUAUGAGCUCAGCCACUCCCCUCUGCAUCUGAGAUUCCAUGGACGCCCAGCAUAUAUCAAGGCAGAUCAUGGGGAUGACAUUUUUUACAUGUUUGGCAUUUCAAAGUCCCCAAUGAACACUGAUGAUACUUUUCUUUGGGACGAUAAUGAUGUGAUCAUUGAGAAUCAGAUGCUUAAAUACUGGACAAACUUUGGGAAGACUGGCAACCCAAAUGGAGGUAAUCUGUUGGAAUGGCCACAGUUUAGCACUGACAAUCAUGAAGCUAUAAGUCUUAGACUUCGUUCAGUCAUUCUAAAUAAAUUCAGAGAUGACAGUGUGAAAUUCUGGAGUGAAACUGUUCAAAACCUAAUUAAGAAACAAGACAGUGAUCAGAAAGAAGAGUUAUAAUGAACUGUACUAG